AUGCACAGUUUCAUUAAUUUGCAUACAAUUUUUCAUUUAGGAUUACCUGGAAAAGGAAGAACUUUUCAGAAGAUAAAUAAAGAAAUUAAAGAUAAAAUUGCUUUGAACAAUAAUAAGGAAUUUAUAAAAGUUUCUGAAGAGAAUUCAGGGAAAAUAAUGUCACUGAAAUUUACUAGCGAAAGAUUAGCAUCACUCAAAUCCUGUAAAAAUGAAACAAAUAACAAGAUUCUUAAGGAAAGUCACGAAAGUAAACCAAAAGUUGAUUUUAAUCAGCUUUUGGCAGCUGCCGGAGAAAUCUGUGGUCCUUGUGUAGUGAAACGUGUUCAGUUGAAGAAUGGUCAGACUGUGUACGUGUAUAAACCGUUGUCAGAAAACGAUCAUUCGGAAUCGAAGUGUACAGAAAACGAUAGCAUUCAGACUAGAAUUGGUGUUAGUGACAAUCCGGAGUGUACGAGAGAAAUAUUUGUUAAUAGUGAAAACUUGACUGUUUCUCUUUCUCAAUUAAGUGAGAAUUUACUUCCGGCAAUGCAACAACAAAUUCCUUCUCCUACAUGUAAAGAGUUUAGCAUUGCGGAAGACGCGGACAAUAAUAAUUCGACCACAUUAUGGUUGACCGGAAACGGCGAACCCUGUUACGUGACAAAACUCUCCCCGGAACAAAACGUAGACUGGAACGAAGAUUCGCCUACUAUUUCAAGCUUUAAGAAAGAGAGCGAAAACAUUUCGGACAUUAUUAAUUGUACGACAAACGGCAAAGAACACUUACAAGAAUUGGGAAAUAUUCAGAACAUUAAAGACGAACAAAAACUUCUAUCAUUGAAUUAUUUUUUUUGAGAGUCAUCGUUUACCAAAGAUUUCAUCUUUUGUUCACGAAACUUUGACAAGGAAACUGUCUCCGAAGACGACUAUAUAUAUAUUUGUUUUGUCAAGUGUACUUGAAUAGUUUUUCUUUGUUUUAUUUUGUUUAUCUUCAGCUACCUCAUGUUGAAAAUGAUGUGUGAUUACUUUUAGAGGUAAAUGGGACAAGAAAUAUCUAUAUAUUAUAUAUAUGCCAUUAACAGGACGACAAUCACGGUUCAUUUAGUUUUAUAAGAUUUGUUUCCU